UACAUUUUAUCUACAGGUAUGGAUACAACCUAGUGGGAGGAGUUGCCUUUUCUAUUGGAACUUUUAUGAACUAGGUGCUCUGCUUAUUGACAUUAUUUGGAACAUAGCUUAAUCCUUUUGACCCAACCAAAAACACGAAUCACAAUGAAUUUACUUAUUUCAUUUUCCUUUGCCACCAUUGUGAAUAUUCAAGGGGCAGAUUGGUGCUACCAGUCCCAGGUUACAUGCGGUGGCAACUGCACAGGACCUGAUGGUUGGGCAACGGUUGCUGGGACAUGUGACGGAAGAGCCCAGUCUCCAAUUAACAUUGUGACGAGAAGAACCCUACCAGACGGACGCCUUACACCAUUCACAUUCACUGGGUACCAAGAGGCCUUCCACGGUUUCAUCACAAACAAUGGUCACACUGUUCAAGUGGACCUGCCUGCCACAGCGAAGGUUCAGGGUGGAGAUCUGGCGGUGCCAUACAAGGCAGUACAGCUCCACCUGCACUGGGGCAAGGAUGGAGGCCCUGGAUCAGAGCACACUAUUGAUGGAGAACGAUAUCCCAUGGAGCUGCAUAUUGUUAAUAUAAAAGAGGAAUACAACUCUUUGGCUGAAGCUCUGAAAGACACUGCAGGGGUUGGAGUUCUUGGAUUCUUUUAUGAGGAAUCAAGAAGCUCCAACAAAAAAUAUGACGCCAUUGUAAAUGCUCUGAACACUAUCAAACAUCCCAUUCCUUCAGAAAUUGACUCGGGUCGGGUCGGGUGUGGCUGGGCUGGGCUGUGGAGGACGCACUGCUCUCGACCUUCACCUCUCCCGAGUCCGUACAGGAGUUUCAGCGAUGAGACAAGACUAACAAUCAAUUGGAUACCACGAAAAUGGGGAAAAAUGUUGUUGUCAAAGUGAAAUUAUGUUUUUAGAAAUGUGUACAAAUUCAUUAAAAAUGAAAAGAUUAAAUAUCUUGAGUCAACAACUAUUCAACCCCUUUGUUAAGGCAAGCCUAAAUAAAUUCAGGAGUAAAAAUUAUCUUAACAAGUCACAUAAUAAAUUGCAUGGAUUUUUUUUAUGACUAUCUAAUCUUUUUAUGACUACAUCAUCUCUGUAAUUUUUUUAUGACUACAUCAAAUCAAAUUUGAUUUGUCACAUACACAUGGUUAGCAGAUGUUAAUGGAAGUGUAGCGAAAUGCUUGUGAUCUAGUUCCGACCAUGCAGUAAUAUGUAACAAGUAAUCUAACCUAACAAUUUCACAACAACUACCUUAUACACACACAAGUGUAAAGGAAUGAAAUAAGAAUAUGUACAUAAAAAUAUAUGAAUGAGUGAUGGCCAAACGGCAUAGGGAAGAUGCAGUAGAUGGUAUAGAGUACAGUAUAUACAUAUGAGAUGAGUAAUGUAGGGUAUGUCAACAUUAUAUAAAGUGACAUUGUUUAAAGUGGCUGGUGAUACUUCAUACAUAUAAUUAUCUGUAAGGUCUCUCGGUCCAGCAGUGAAUUACAAACACAGAUUCAACUCUAUUGGUAGAUGGGUAAAAAAAAGCAGACAUUGAAUAUCCCUUUGAGCAUGGUGAAGUUUUUAAUUACACUUUGGAUGGGGUAUCCAUACACCCAGUCACUACAAAGAUACACCCGUCCUUCCUAACUCAUUUGCCGGAGAGGAAGGAAACCGCUCAGGUGACUUUAAAACAGUUACAGCAUUUAAUGGAUCAACACAAUUAUAGAUAGUCCACAAUACUCACCUAAUUGACAGAGUGAAUUGAAAGAAACCUGUACAGAAUAAAAAAUAUUCCAAAACAUGCAUCCAGUUUGCAACAAAGGCACUAACGUAAUACUGGAAACAUUUUGGCAAAGCAAUUCGCUUUUUGCCCUGAAUACAAAGUGUUAUGUUUGGGGAAAAUCCAACACAUUACUGUGUACCAUUCUUCAUAUUUUCAAGCAUAGUGAUGGCUGCAUCAUGUUAUGCGUAUGCUUUAAAUCGUUAAGGACUAGGGAGUUUUUCAGGAUAAGAAAGACAUGGAAUGAAACUAAGCACAGGCAAAUCCUUGAGGAAAAUCUGGUUCAGUCUAUUUUCCACCAGAUUAAUUCAUCUUUCAGCAUGACAAUAACCUUAAAUACAAGGCCAAAUCUACACUGGAGUUUCUUACCAAGAAGACAGUGAAUGUUCCUGAGUGGCCAAAUUACAGUUUUGAUUUAAAUCUACUUGAAAAUCUAUGGCAAGACCUGAAAAUGUUGCAAAAUCCAUUUGUGGAAAGCUCUUAGAGGCUUACCCAGAAAGACACAGAUGUAAUCGCUGCCAAAGGUACUUCUACUAAGUAUUGGCUCAGGGGUGUGAAUACUUAUCUAAAUAAGAUACUUAUGUAUUUCAUUUUCAAUAAAUGUACAAACAUUUCUAAA